CUCUUUGGUUGUCCAUGGCUUCCAACACCUUCUCCCCUAGACGAAAACAUCGCAACUCAGCACUCACCUCCGCCUUGCACCGCGGCAUCGUUCUCACCAAUAAUACUAAACACUACUCCUCCGUCUACACUUCCUCCGUGAAUUUCGGACGACGUUUCCCAAACACCGAUAUCACGGCUAGGAAGCUCGCUGCUGCGUUGUGGCAGUUGCGCUUCAUGGAUGUAUCCAAUCACGCCGUUGCUUCCUCCAUUCGCGAGCUAAGCAACAAUAAAGGAAGUGCCACAAAAGAUUCUCUAGAAAACAAGCCAAUAACUGUCUUACGUUCAAGAAAUGGACUUAUACGUGAACUCUUAUCCCCUAUGCAACACCUCAAACGUUCAGAACAGGAUGCAACAUUAAUAGGUGAUUCCGACUCAAUUGUUACCACGCUAGUAGAAGAACUGCAUCGAGCUCAAAGGUCCAUCGUUAAGCUUAAAGCUGCACAAAAAUCGUAUCUGGAGAAUAUCCAAGAGGAACGACAGAAGAUUCGAGCAGCGGUGGAUGACUUGAAGGAGAAGUUAGCCAGGGAAAGAAGGAGGGGGAUGAGGAUGGAGUCGCUAAAUGAGAAACUGACACAAAAACUUGCUGAAGCCAGGUUAUGUUGGAAGCAAUUCAUGGCGAGAUAUGAAGAAGAAAAGAAAGAAAGAAAAGAAGAGAGGGCUAAGCUUGAAGAAAGAUAUAAUGAGAUGGUCCAUCUGAUUGGUUGUAUGAAUAUGUUCUUGGAAUCAAGAGGCGCGAAUUCUGUUGAACUCAGCAAAUUAGAUAAAGCAAAUAAUCCCUCUAGUGAUCGUGAAAAGAGAGACGGUAGGUUGAGACAUGGUGGAGGAGUAAGCAUGAAGAUGAAUCCACAUGUAACACGUGAGAUAAAAGGAUGCAUAGAAUGGCCUAUAGGAAUUCCUAAACCCACUUGCAAGCCUAUACCUUUGGAACAAAGAGUUAGAACUCAGAAAUCUCAGAUACAAAAUAUACUUAGGUCAAAGUCUUAAUUCAUUAGAAGGAAUUACAUUGU